AGUGUUCGAUAAUAAUUCGAUAAUCGAAAAAUUCAGAAGCACUCGUAAGCACUCGCAAUAAGUCGUGUUCGUCGCGAAACAUCACUUUGUUGCAAUACGAGCGCAACUAUCGUUUAACGAGGUAGAAAAGAUCUUUUUUUUGCCCCCUCCCCUCCACCUUGCGAUCAUUUGGUUUUGGCAUACGAGAGAGAAAAAAAAAAAAAGACAGAAAAGGAAAAGAAAAGAAAAAGGAGAAGAAGAAAAGAAAAGAAAAGAAAAAAAAAAAGGGGGAAAAAAAAGGAAAAGAACGGAAAAAGAAAUUCGAACGAGUUACAGAACGCCGAUGGACUUACAACAUUGUGCUACUACGAACUUUGGACACAUCGGAUCUUUCGUGUGCCUGUGUGUGUGUCGUGUCGUCUCUUCGUUAUACACGAUUCAUGCAAUAGUGCACAAUUGAAACGCAAUUGAAUCGUAGCUGUGAAAAAGUAUUAUACGAGGAUAGCCACCGAUCUCAAAUAGAUCUAUAAACGACCCUAAAUUUAGUGAUUAAAAAAGACGUCUUUCCUUUGGUUUGCUUUGCGUUGGGUUGUGUUGCGUCGCGUGAAAAGAUCCGUCUCGUUGAUUCGAUAGAAUAUAAGAGGAGGCGGAGCCUGGCAAAAUUUCUUGGCACGAUCGACGACAAAGGAGGCAAAAUUUCGACGAUUCACGGUCUAUGAGCGCCAAGGGCCAAGGGGACCCUGGAGAAGAUCACGCUUCCAGGGUAGGAGCGGAUAGCCCUUGCAGCGAUAUGAAGCGUGCAGCUGCUAAGAAGCUUAUUGAAAGGUACUUUUAUCAGCUUACUGAAGGAUGUGGUAAUCCUCAAUGUAGUAACCAAAACUGCGCAUCCAGUGGAAAAAUAACAAAUCUUACGCCAAAUCAAGCUGCUGCACAAGCCAUACAAUUGUUCUCACAAGAGGCACGGUUAUGCGAUGGCACUCAACCGAGUAAAGUUGCUAGAACUACUUUGGAACCUGGUCCAGCAUCUUUGGCUAAGAGUCUACCUGUAAAAAAUGUAAAUCCUACUUGCUCGGAUGAAGGGAAAUCUGAACCAUAUCUAACUGAAGCCAAACUUCUGGAUAUAAUAAAUAAAUGUAAAUCAGAAGGAACGUAUUCGUUAUUGAUUCAUACUUUGGGAGAAGUAUUUUCUUCUAGAGAAGCAUUAAGCCGAAGUUUCCAAAAGACUGAAAAAAAUGACUCUCCCUUGGCUGCACUUCUUGACAGAGCACCGGAUAAUCUUUUAAGGCCACCCGCAGAUUUAAACAAGGAAGCAGUUCGUUCGUUACAAGGUGAAGAUAAAGAAGAAGAUAGUAGUGAUCCAUCUCCAACAGUUCCUCCUAAUGAUGACGAUACUAGCGUUGACUUACUUGCCGUUAGAAGAGCAUUUAAGGCAUUAUGGACUCUUCCAGGGGAAGCAUUUGAAUCAGCACUUGUGAAUGCACUAGUCACUUUAGCCGAUACCAUAGAAUUACAUUUACGAGUAUUUGGAAAAACACCUUCCCAUAGUAUGGACAGUCUCUUAAAUGUAUUCUUAAUUGUAUUUGAAAUUCCAAUGUUGGGAAAUAGUGAAUAUCUUGAACUUGCGCUACAUAUGCUUUGUAAAGCUGUCAGCUGUUUCCCAACGUUAGCUCAAGCAAAAUUAGCGCGUGUAUGGGCCAGACAUUGUAAGCCUACGUUGCCUAGCCUUUUACAAGCAUUACAAGAAUUAAUUACGGUGAAGGUAAUAAGUGGAUCAUUUUCACGUGAUUAUUGCGUUCAGGAUGCAGAUACCAUCACUGCUCCUACAAAAGUAAUGAGGAUUCUUUAUUACGCUAGUAUGUUAGCUGGAGAAUUAGAUAGCAGUGAAUUAGCAUUGAACGAAGAUGGGGAUACAACAAAAAUUGACAAAUCUGGCCCAUGCAAAAUGACGUCACAAAUACCACAGGAUCCAUUAGCCAAAGAAUUAGGAAUUUCUGCAUUGGAUGCUCGUAAACCAUUCAUAUCUUUCACCGAUUUUUAUAAUGAACCAUUGAGCGAUGCCAUCGAAAUGGAUAAAGAUUUUGCUUAUUACAAAAGUGAAGAACCUCAGAAAUUUAGUUUUAUGAAUUAUGCCUUUAUCCUUACGCCAGCCACAAAAACAUUGGGCCUAUAUUAUGACAAUCGUAUAAGAAUGUAUAACGAAAGAAGAAUGAGUUUCUUACAAACUGUCGUAGGACAACCUACCAAUCCAUAUCUUAGAUUAAAAGUACGUAGAGAUCAUUUGAUAGAUGAUGCUUUGGUUGAAUUAGAAAUGGUAGCAAUGGAAAAUCCGUCAGAUCUUAAAAAACAAUUAGUUGUCGAGUUUGAAGGUGAACAAGGUGUUGAUGAAGGUGGUGUAUCUAAAGAAUUCUUUCAAUUAGUUGUAGAGGAAAUCUUCAAUCCUGAUUAUGGCAUGUUUACAACUCAGGAAGAUACACAAUUAACCUGGUUCAAUCCGACAUCAUUUGAAAGUGAUGCACAAUUUACAUUGAUAGGAGUUGUUCUUGGAUUAGCAAUUUAUAACAACGUGAUAUUGGAUGUACGUUUCCCGAUGGUGGUUUAUCGGAAAUUACUCGGUAGAAAAGGAGGAUUUGCUGAUUUAGAAGAUUGGAGUCCUACUUUAUAUAGAACGUUGACAGAAUUAAUGGCAUAUACAGAAGAUGAUAUGUCGGAUACAUUUAUGCAAACCUUCCGUGUUGGUUACAAAGAUGUAUUUGGUUCAAUAUCGUUUCAUGAUCUUCGCGAGAAUGGCGAUGAAACGUAUGUAACGCAAGAAAAUAAAAAAGAAUUUGUAGAUCUUUAUGCAGAUUUCUUAUUGAAUAAAUCAGUGGAGAGACAGUUCAAAGCGUUCAGGCGUGGUUUUCAAAUGGUCACGGAUGAAAGUCCACUUGUUUUACUCUUCAGACCAGAAGAAAUAGAACAGCUCGUUUGCGGUAGUAAGAUAUUUGAUUUUGCGGAAUUAGAAGCGGCAACGGAAUACGAGGGUGGUUAUACGGUUGAUAGUGAAGCAGUACGUAAUUUUUGGCGGGUGGCACAUUCAUUACCGCCAGAAAGUCAAAGAAGAUUGCUUCAGUUUACUACAGGUAGCGAUCGAGUGCCAGUUGGUGGACUUUCUAGGCUUAAAAUGGUCAUUGCCAGACAUGGACCAGAUUCAGACAGAUUGCCCAUUGCACAUACAUGCUUCAACGUAUUACUUCUACCAGACUAUAGCACGAUUGAAAAGUUACAAGAUCGUUUAUUAAAAGCUAUCAACUAUUCAAAGGGUUUUGGCAUGUUGUGAAUGUGUAUCAAAGCUUCCACAAUUAAUCUAUGCAAUAUCAAAGUGAUGAAUUUUGUUAAACACAUCAGGAUAUAUCCAAAAUCUUUUUAUCUUUAAAAUCGAUCACAUUACACACCAUGGACAUAUUUAUUAUGUAAUUAAUUAUGUUCGAAAGAUGCGCGCAUGUGUGUAUGCGUGCGUGCGUGCAUGUGUGUGUGUAUGCGUGCGUGCGUGCUUGCGUGUGUGUGCGUGUGUGUCUAUGCAUGCGUGUGUGUGUACGUGCGUGCGUGUGCAAAUCGUGGAAAUUGUUUUUUUUUUUUUUUUUUUUUUUUUUCCCCAACAAGAACAACAACAAAUCGUCCGAGUAACAAUGCGCUUCGAGCACCUCUCAGAAUCCACUGUUAUCGAUUCUCCCUUUCCAUGGUUCUCUUUACUUAAAGAGAACACACAUGCACAUAAUACACAAAACCAAUGAACUAUUCUCUGAUAGUGAUAAGGGUAAAUAAUUGAAAAUUGUUACGUGAUGAUGCUUUCAGAUUUCAUUGGCGCACCAACAUUAGAAUUAUUACGUGCUUUGGCAAAAUAAUUAUUAGCUGAUUUGUAGAUUAUCAAAUUAUCGUUUCUUGUAUCCUCUUUAAAAAAAAAAAAAAAAAAAAAAAAAAAAAAAAAAAGAAAGAAAAAAAAACAAAAACGAAAAAAAAACACAAAAAAAAGAAGAAGAAGAGGUGGUGGUGGAGGAGGAGGAGGUGGAGAAGGUGGAGGAAGAAGAAGAAACGAAAUGGUAAAAAAAAAAAAAAAAAAAAAAAAAAAAAUAAAAAAAAGUACUAUUCUUUCCCAUUAUCCUGAUGACAUAAAAGCGAUGACGUUCGAUUCUCUAAACACUUGGAAUUUGUACGAAAGCAGCGAAUAUUAUAUAUAUAUAUAUAUAUAUAUACAGCUUUUUCUUACUAGACGAAUCGAAGAUCUUAAAGUUUAACAAUGAAACGCUCAAAAGAGACAGACAUAGUGAAAAGCGACUGUGAUUGUGUGUGUGUGUGUGAAAGAGAGAGAGAGAGAGAGAGAAAAAAAGAAAGAGAGAGAGAGAAAGAAAGAGAGAGAGAGAGAGAGAGAGAGAGAGAGAGAAAGAGUGAACGAGCGAGAGAGAGAGAGAGAGAGUCAAAUCGAAAAAAUCGACUACGAUCAUAGAAAGAAAAAAAUAAAAAAAGCUACAAAAGAAGAAAAAAUAAAAAAAAAAAAAAAAAAAUAAAAUAAAAAUAAAAAUAAAAAAAGGAAAUAAAAAGAGAAAGUAGAAGGAGGAGGAGGAAAAGGAGGAAAAGAAACAAAUUUUGCUGUUAGCUGAAAAUGUAUUUGUGUAACAUUGCAAAAGCCGAAAAUGACCCUGAAUGAUAAUGAUAAUGAUGAUGAUGAUAAUGAUGAUGAUGAUGAUGAUGAUAAUGAUGAUGGUGAUGAUGAUGAUGAUGAUGGUGAUGGUGUUAAUGAUGAUGAUGAUGAUAAUGAUGAUGAUGAUGAUGAUGAUGAUGAUGAUGAUGAUGAUGAUGAUGAUGAUGAUGAUGAUGAUGAUGAUAAUGAGCGACAUCGCGUGAUCACUAUUAUAUUCUAAUAUAAAACAUACUGUAUACAAAACUUUUUGUAACAACGGAACGUAAAAAAUGUAAGAAGAUCGUAUAGCCAUCGUUGAUAAUUCUUA